AUACCUUGAGUGCUUGCUAAAAGUGCUAAUUGGCUGGCAAUUCCAACCUCGCGCCUUUCCAACUCGGCUUGUGACGCGACGCGAUAGGGGUCGGGGCCCACCGUCGCCUUGCGGCACACAAUUGCGACCCUUGUCAGUGCCAUGACAAGAUGCAUCUGGGCGCAGAGCAUCUCGCCGGUAUUGCGGCCAUCCCCGGGGCAAUCACCAGUCCGGGCCACCUUGCAUCGAGCACGACUCGUCCCCAUCCCCUCGGCCAGCCGCACCCUCUUCUCGGCGCCGAAGAUCUUCGCGCGUACAAGGUUGUCAGUCAUAUACGAUGACCUUCCCACAACUGCAGUUGAUACGGAGGGUAGGCCGCUGGCACCGCUUGCCCCACUGCCCAAGGAAUCCGAGGUUCGCGUUCGCAAGCGCAAAGCCCAUAAGAAGACCUCACUGGUCGAGGCUGAGGCAGCGAGGCCCGACACCUCAGGUGAUCCUGCACUCGCUCAUGUAGACGAACUAGGAGUGGAGGGCAAGGCCUGGCCGCCUCUCGCCAAGGAAGUUCUGGCGAAUCUGGCGCGUUUUCCUGGCUGCAUUCUUUUGACGCGUGUCGGGAACUUUUAUGAGUCGUAUUUUGAACAAGCUCCGGACGUCGCGCAGAUGCUUGGCAUCAAGCUGGCCCGACGAUGGUGGGGAGGGCGCGAAGUUGCCAUGGCCGGCUUUCCCGUGCAUCAAAUGGAAAAGUACCUGAAGGUGCUCGUCCAAGACUACGGCAAGCUUGUGGCAAUCUGCGACGAAUUCAAGGAGUUUCACGCUUCCGGCGCGGAAAGUGGAGCGAACAACGAUGAUACCCUCAACGAGAGCGCCAGCUUUCACAGAAAAGUCACUAGAGUAGUAUCGCCGGGGACGCUCAUCGAUGAAAAGUUUCUCGACCAAUUCACCAGCAAUUUCAUUGUUUCUGUCGUUUCAGCAGAUGACAACGCCGUUGGGACGCCAAAGUUCGGCUUGGCGUGGCUGGAUAUCGGCACAGCUAAUUUUCAUAGCAUGCCUUGUUCGGAUGGACAAAGCCUGCGAGAUCAGAUUGCCCGAAUAGCGCCCAAGGAAGCCAUACUGCAGCCAGGCGUUUUCAACGCAGCUCCUAGCGAAGAUGACGGUCGGCAUGGUGAUGCCGAUCGAUAUUCUCACCCUCUAUGGGAAGCGCUCCCAGAAGGAAGCUGUAUGGUGACGUAUGCAUCUGACCAGGCUUCCUCGCCUACGGCUUGCAUGGAUAAUCCCUUUCCUGAGCUCAAGCUAUCUACAUCCGAAUCAAAGGCCAUCCAACAGCUUACACGGUACAUCGAGACGCGGCUGAUCGAGCUUCAGCAAAGCCCGUCUAAUGCAUCAGGCGUCUUUCCCUUGACACCAGAGCGCAUGCUUGAACGAGAGUGCAUGCAAAUUGAUGCUCACACACUCUCUGCGCUUGAAGUUCGCAGCUCGAUGCGCGAGGGUGGCGUGCGAGGCAGCCUUAUUAGUGCAGCAAGACGGACAGUGACGAGGGGUGGUACGCGGCUUCUCGAAGAAUGGCUAACCUGCCCAAGUACAUCGCUCAAAAUCAUACACUGGCGUCAACAACUCGUGUCUGCUCUUCAUGCCAAUGCUUUCCUUCGAGAAGAUCUUCGCCUGCUGCUUCGACGCUCCGCUGGCGACAUCUCUCGGACACUGCAGAAGAUUUUGGCCCGGCGCAAUGACGAGCAGGAUCUUUUGGCUGUGCGUGACUUCGUUCAUCUAUGCGAAAAAGUGCAAAGCACUCUGCGAGAAGCCUUGGACCGGGGUCUAUCACAUGAGUAUGCCGCUUCCGCACAGGAGAUUGCCGGUAAUUUCACCGCUCUAGGUCACCUUGCUCAGUCUCUCGAAGAUGCAAUUGAUGAAUCAGUGAUGGAGAAGAGGCGACAAUUACAAAGUGCGACCGCAGAUGAGAUCGAGUCUGUAAUUACUCAGGGUGAACUGAAGCAGACACAGGUAGAGCACGGUACUAUCCAAGUGUCGACUCCACGACGCGCCAGCAGGUCCAAAGGCAAAGCUGCAGAGCAAGAGGAAGAAAGCCCACUCUGGGGCCCGCCAUUGGAGCACCUAAUCAGGCCUGGAUCUUCCAAAGCAAUUGACAUCUUGCUCAAAGAGUACAAUAUCUUGCGUCGCUCUGCUCGAAAAUUGGAACAGCGUCUGAGGGACCGGUUGCCCAACCCGGAGCGGCGAAAGCUCACUCUCCGACAACUGCUAGGUCAAGGCUAUGUCGUACAUGUUGGGGACUUUAAGGAUCGCAUGACACCCCUGUUCCCAUCCGACAUGUCGUUCGCAUACAAGAGUAAAUCGACUCGCACGUACUACUUCGAAGAGUGGACGCGGAUUGGCUCCAAGCUAACAAGACUCCAAAAUGACCUGCGACAGAGGGAACAGCUUGCGCUCGAAGUCCUGCGCCAGAUGGUUGCUCGAGAGGCGCCGGCAUUACGUCAUAAUGCUAGGCAGAUAGACCAGCUGGACGUGCUGCUCGGAUUUGCCCAGCUUGCGCAAGAGUUGUCCCUCGUUCGGCCCAUUGUCGAUGACAGUUAUGAUUUCGAGGUCGUUGGCGGCAGGCACCUCAGUGUUGAAAUGGGACUGUUCGAGAAGCAGCGCAGCUUUGUCAAGAACGACCUCAGUCUGAGGCCAGACUCCCGUUUGCACCUCAUCACUGGGCCCAACAUGGGUGGCAAGUCAACCUUCAUUCGACAGAAUGCAAUCAUCGCCAUCCUUGCGCAGAGCGGGAGCUUCGUCCCUGCGGAAUCUGCGAGGAUUGGCGUCGUUGAUCGUCUGUUCAGUCGCGUUGGCGCAAAAGACGACCUCUUCCGGGAUCGCAGCACGUUUAUGGUUGAGAUGACAGAAAUGUCAGAAAUCCUGCAUCGCGCGACUCCACGGAGCUUCGUCAUUGCGGACGAGAUCGGAAGGGGCACAGCGACGGCAGUGGGAACCUCGAUUGCCUUCGCUACGCUGCUUCAUCUUCUCCACACCAACCAUUGCAGGGUACUCUUUGCCACGCACUUUCACGAGCUAGCAGACAUGCUCGGUUUCCAAGACGUGGUAGGUGGAUCGCCGGCCGAUGGCAGUUCCGUUGAGGGCAUCGCGUUCUUUUGCACCGACGUGAUCGACACGAAUAACGACGCAGUGGUGUACGAUCACCGGUUACGACCAGGCGUCAACCGCGAUUCUCAUGGCUUGGAAGUCGCGAAGCUGGCGAACAUGCCAAGGCAUGUCGUAGAUUAUGCUCGACGAACGCUCACGUGGCUCAAUGAGCAGAGCGCUAACGCCGCAUCGGCAGCGACUCUACGCGAUACGAUGAGGUCACCUGUGUUACCUGCAUAUAUCACCAGUCAGCAUCGGAGCGAUGCCAUGUAAGAACAUGGGCUUCUUUCUAAUGGAGCCUGAAGAACAUUUUUCGGGCG